AGUGGUCGUUGCCGCUGUAACGUCGGUGCACAGAGUGUUAAUGUUAAAUAUAAACGCGUCUAUGACAGUAGGCAUAGUGACCUUUUAACGGCCAUGAAAAAGCCAAAGAGACUUAAACUGGGCGCCGGGUGUCGGGACCAUGGGGAUGGACCCGCCGCGAGAGAACCAGACUGUGGGAAGAAACAGAAGCUGGUUGAUAUACACCAGGCUUUAAACAGUGACCCAGUGGACAUAAAGAGCCUGAGAGAAGCUGCGGUUAAUGAAGGGGGCCUACUCACCGAUGAACUGAGGAGGAAAGUUUGGCCCAAACUACUCAACAUAAAUGUGUAUGAUCUACCGCAUAAACCUGGCCGAGAUGUGCGGGAGAACCACAAAGACUACAACCAGGUUCUGCUUGAUGUCAGGAGGUCUAUGAAGCGGUUCCCUAAAGGUAUGCCAGUCACACAGAGAGCAGUGCUCCAGGAGCAGCUGAUUGACAUCAUGCUGGAGGUUUUAAAACGAAACCCGCAGCUCCAUUAUUACCAAGGCUACCACGACGUGGCUGUCACUCUGCUGUUGGUAGUCGGAGAGAAGACUGCCAUCGCCAUGCUGCACACGCUGUCAAAUCACCAUCUCAGGGAUUUCAUGGAUCCUACUAUGGACAGCACCAAACACAUUCUGAAUUAUCUGAUGCCUAUAAUAGAGCAGGUGGACGCAGAACUACACGACUUCAUGAUCAGAGCGGAGGUGGGGACCAUCUUUGCUUUGUCCUGGCUGAUCACAUGGUACGGCCACGUCCUGUCAGAGUUCAGACACACACUGAGACUCUAUGACUUCUUCCUGGCCUCGCAUCCCCUGAUGCCCAUCUACCUCGCUGCUGCGAUUGUGUUGCACAGGGAGAGGGAGGUGAAGGAGACUGACUGUGACAUGGCCAUGGUCCACCACCUCCUCUCCCACAUCCCUCAGAAUCUCCCGUACGAAUAUUUGAUUGGUCGAGCUCAGGCCUUAUUCGACCAAUACCCUCCCUCCCUGCUCGCCAGGCGGGCCGCGUUGCAGCCUCGCAAAAGUCUGUGCGUCAGUACCUUUCAGUCGUUCCAGCUCUCCACUCUCCACCAGAGACCAGACUCUGUUCUCAGACGCUUGAACAAGGCUCAAGGCGUCGCCACCUCCAGACAUGCCUCCAGACGCCCAGGCCUGGAGCCAGCCUUACCUGGGGACAGAGGCGCUCUGUGGGGGAAGGGGAACAGGAUGGUGAAAAUGGCGGUCUGGGGGUUGUCUGCUACCCUCGGGGCAGCCGUGUUUGCUGUUGCUCAAACCGCUAUGGACUGGGGACCUGAGGUGUUACUGCAACUGUUCUGA